CGCAGGCGUUGAGUAUGCACGCUGUUCGAUGAGUAACCGACCAGUCAUUGCAUGUUUCACUCAUCUAGUCAUUUUCGUUUCGUCUUCCUCUCUCUGUCAUGUUUAGCUGGCUACGAAGAGACGACCGUCGCAAGCGAGAGCCUCUCAUAUUCAACUCUGUCAACGAAGGCCUCUGGAAAUGUUACAAAGAGAAACUCAAGCCACUAGAAGCAACAUAUCGCUUCAGUGAUUUCCACUAUCCUCCAAUGUCGGCGCCUGAUUUCGAAGCGAAGCCCAUGGUUUUACUCAUUGGUCAAUAUUCGGUCGGGAAGACGUCGUUUAUUCGGUAUCUUUUGGAAAAUGACUUUCCGGGUAUGAGAAUCGGUCCUGAGCCCACGACGGAUCGUUUUGUCGCCGUCAUGCAUAGUGAGGAUGACCGAGUUAUACCAGGAAACGUUCUGGCUGCCGAUCCGACUAAGCAGUUUCGCACUCUCGAGAGAUUUGGUAACUCAUUCCUCCAGAGGUUUGAAUGCUCCGCUGCCAACAGUCCCGUAUUGGAGGGUAUAACACUUAUUGAUACUCCGGGAGUGUUGUCUGGUGAGAAGCAGCGCACAGCUCGUGGAUAUGAUUUCGAGGGAGUUAUUGAGUGGUUUGCUCAGAGAUCAGCAAUGAUCAUUCUACUGUUUGAUGCUCACAAGCUUGAUAUCAGUGAUGAAUUUCGUCGUUGUAUUGCAAGUCUGAAAGGCAACGAGGAGAAAAUUCGAAUCGUUCUGAAUAAGGCGGAUUUGGUGACGACACAACAGCUGAUGCGAGUUUAUGGAGCUCUCAUGUGGUCUCUUGGAAAGGUCCUGUCGACACCUGAAGUUGCAAGGGUCUACGUCGGUUCAUUCUGGGAUCGGCCUCUCCAUGUCGAUGACAUGAGAAAGCUGUUUGAAGCAGAAGAAGAGGAUCUAUUUCAUGACAUGCAGCAAUUGCAGCGACGGGAUGCUACUCGGAAGGUGAAUGAUCUGAUCCGAAGAGCUCGUCUUGCUAAGGUUCACUGCUUUGUUAUAUCGAAAUUGAAAAGUGCGAUGCCAUCAUUCUUCGGCAAAAAGUCUAAGAAAGAUUCACUGAUCAAGGACCUAAAGUCGGUCUAUGAUCAGGUCCGACGUGAAGCCAAUGUCUCACAUGGUGACUUUCCAUCAGUAAGUAAGUUCCAGAGUCAACUGGAAGAGUAUGAUUUUAGUUCAUUUGCAAAGUUAAAUCCUCGUCUUAUUGAUAAAGUCGAUGAAAUGAUGGCAAUGGAUAUUGCAGAAAUCAUGAAGAUGAUGCCCCAAGAAGAAGAUCCAAAUCAAAUCAUCACAGGCGGAGCAUUUGGCAGUAGAGAGAAAGAUACGACUGAUCCCUUCUCUGGUGAUGACAUUUUCUCACUUCGUGUUGGCCAAGGAUCUGAGGAAUGGAUAAUAGAAGAGCACAAGUCUAAUUCCGAUAAAAAGUUCUUUGCUUUGGAACCAAAGGAUGGAAAGCUGACGGGUCUUAAAGUACGAGAAGAGAUGGUAAAGUCUAAGUUGCCAAACUCCGUUUUAAAAAAGAUCUGGACGCUGGCUGACACUGACAAGGAUGGAAUGCUAGAUCAAGAUGAAUUCGCCAUCGCCAUGUUCCUCAUCAAUGCAAAGAAGGAAGGACACGAUCUUCCUGACCAGCUGCCAUUUCAUCUUAUUCCACCAUCCAAGAGAGGACUCGAUGAUCUUGAUGGAACCGAUGAGGAUUGAUUAUUGCUUACAUUAACUACCUACCUUUGUAUUGAUUGCAUGUAGCUAGUUAUGAGGAACUAUCAAUGUUGAUGCACUCCAUACUUUUUGCUUUGAGUUACUGGUCUUUUGAUUUGUCAGUUACUUGAUGACCAGCUAUCAGAGUUUUCAAUUCUUUCCCAUCUCAA